UAUAUAAUUUAUUAUCAGAAUAAUUUAGAAAUAAUAUAUAUGAAACAUUAAAUUCAUAAAACCGUGUUUAAAAUAAAACUAUUGCAAUCUAAUUAAAGUGUGUAUUCAUAUUUCGAAUUGACAAAUAUAAGCAUAAUUUGGUGUACGUCGAGUUCAGACAAUUUUUAAUAAAUGAAAAUUGUUUAAAUGGUUUUAAAAAAAUAAAUCAUGAAUCAACUAUAAAUUCAAUUUUCAGUUAUAAUUAGCACUAUGGACGGUUCAGGUAUAAAUUGUACAGUAUCACUGAUGCGUUGUGAUGACAUAUCGCAAAUACCACUUUUUAAAACAGAUGUGAUUAAUAGUGCUGAUUCCAUUUCUAUGGAACCAAAGGAUACUGGUGUAAGUAGUAAAACAAUUGAAUUGAAACGUUCUGCAAGACUUUCCAAAAAACGUACGUUACAAGAUAAUCAGGUAACUGAACUCGUUGAUCGGUUAAAUGAUUCAAAUGAAAGGGAAAAACUAUCAAAAAGUCUGAAAUCAAAAAAAAACAAGACAGAAAUGUAUGUAACUCCAAAAAAUGAUAUUAAAAAAAUUAAUAAUCGAGAUUCUGUAAAAUCUACAAUAAACACUACAAGUGAACUCAGCAGUAUGACGAACGUUCAGUCUUCUCUGAAUACUAUCGUAGAUAAUGGGGAAAAAAUAAGCGUAAAGAUUUUACCAAGAGCCUUUAAAAAUAAAAAUUCUUCUAAACCUCUUUUGGUUACUUGUGUUAAAAAUUUAACAACGGUGAAAGAUGAUUACAAAGAAGAUGAGGUACGAUCGACACACGAAAAAAGCGAUGAAUUAGUUAAGCUAACUCGGAAACGCGGUCGCCCAUCACAGAAAGAAUUAAAAUUUUCAUUACAAGACGUCGGUAAAGUUAAUACAUCUAGUAGUGACGACAUCGAUCAACAGAAAACCAGGAAGUGGUUUUCCGAUUCUUUUGAAAAAUCACACGGCGCAUAUUAUGAAUCAGAAUUUUCAACUCUAAACGAAAAUGAUUUUACACCGACGCCUGAGAGUAACAGAUAUGAUGAUGGACCACUAAAACCUAAAAGGAAACAGAUUGGGACAAAAUCAUCGACGGCCGAUGUUGAAAUCGUUGUCAGCGAUUCCUGUACAAUGGAAGACAGUACAGAGCAAGUUAAAGCUGUGCCUACAGUUGCGACAUCUGAAAACAAUAAAAUUUUAUCACGCUACUGCGAAACAUUUGAUCGCGAAAUCGCACUAAUUUCUAAUCGCUUUAACGUCCAGUGCGAUGUGCUCCGAAAUAUAAUUGAAAAAGAGUCCAUUUCGGUGUUACGCGAAAAGUACUCGGAUACGGUGACCAUGUCUAUGGUAACUGUAUCACCCGUCGUAUCGUUGACGGAGAAUGGAAAACGCAAAUCGGGACGGAAUUCGAACUGUGCAAGUGUCAAGUACAAGAUUGAACCCGCCAGGGAGACCGUGGCCUACGAAAAAACUAACUUGAAAGACACGAUGGAAGAAGUUUCAAAAACAAUGCCCUCGUGGACCUUGAGCAUUGUCGCAGACCCGCCGAGAUACGUCAUCUCGCAAAUGUCUAUCGAAACGUACGGUACACCAAUCGUAAACAAGUCCGUGGUGUUAGAUAGAUACUUCAGAGCUUCCGUUUACAUUAAUCAGCGUCUGGAGUACAAAUAUUGCAAACGUUAUACGACGGCGGCCGAUAUCGUUAAUCUAAUCAAAGAGCUGGAUGCUAUAAUAUAGUGAUGUAUUUUUUUUUUUUUUAUACUUAACACUGGAAAUGUUGUGUAUUAUAAUAUUGUACCAAAUUUUAUAGUUUGUUCGGUCCGAUUGAGUUUUUAUCGAUAUCUAAUCACUUGCUUACACAUAUUAUUUUAAAUUUAUUAACUUAUAAGUUAUCGGAGAACCAAGUAUUUUUGUUACUACCAUAUUGUGAUGUAUCAUUGUAUUAUGUUUGAUGUAAAAUAAUAUUUUUGAAGCCGAAAUAUAAUUUAAUCUAUAUAGUUCAAUUUUCACGAAUUAUUAUCUGCAAUAUGAAUGAUUUUUAA